UUAUCAAUGGAAAAUUAGGUAUAUUUGUGAUAUUGGUGGAGUUUAUUUGGUGGAGUUCUGCAAUUAAAUACAACUUUUUUUCUCUUUAUUCAACACAUUGGCAAAUGCCAUUAACAAUGGUUGUUGGUUCUAUUAUUGCAGGAAUGACUAGUGAAGGUGGUGGGGCUGUUGCCUUCCCUGUGAUGAUUUUCAUUUUGCACACAAAACCUCACACAGCACGCGAUUUUAGUAUUAUGAUUCAAGCAAUUGGAAUGACAAUGGCAUUUUUUGUUAUUAUUUUUAUGAGAAUUCAAAUUGAGUGGAGGGCUAUUAUAUUUGGAACUAUUGGGGCUAUACCUGGGGCUUUAAUUGGAUUUACUUUAAUUGAACCUUUAUUUAAUCCCCAAACUGAGAAAAUGCUUUUUGUGAGUAUCUGGUCUUCAUUUGCCAUUUCUCUAUGGAUUUUAAAUUGUGAAAAGAAAAGGAAAACUUUUAAUACAAUUGAAAAUUUUUGUUUUUGGAAAUGCAUUAUACUUAUUUUAACUGGAUUUAUUGGAGCAAUAAAUUCUCAAUUUUGUAUUUAUUGGCGAGCAAUAAUUAUGAGCGAGCCAAUUAGUCAAUUAGCUUAUAAUUAUAUUAAAAUCUCUUAUUUGGGCUUUUUAUUUACUGGUCCUCCAUUACAAUUGGUUGUGCCAAGCAUUUUGAUAAUCGCUCUUGGAUUUGGCUUCUUUCGACUAAUGAGCAAUUGUGGCAAACGACUUUUAACUAAUAAAAAUUUGGAGAAUAAUCUUAAAGUUGAAAGUGAAAGACUAACAAAAAUAACUAAAAAAGCAUCAGAAGAAAGAGUAGAUAUUUGAAAUAUUUUGUAAAAU